ACCCACACACACAGCCACAUUAGGGAGCCGCACUCUGGUCUACCUAUAUGACACCUUACGAAAACUGAUGAUAUAAAAGCGGAUGGUGUGGCCUGAACGAGGUAACGUUAAGCAGCACCACCCGAGGACUAACAGAAAGAAAGAAACAUCGAGAAAUAAGAAAUAAAGAAAAUCUAAGUAAGAAACAAAAGCAACAAAGUCCAACGCAAGAAUGGCGACAUCAACACUCCUCGCUCUCCUGAUGGUAAUAGUAGUGAUGGGUACAUGUGAAGGAAGAGGAACAAGAUAUCUAAUAGGUCUAGACCCACUUUACAACAAGCUGUGUUAUUCAUCCAAUGAAACCAACAGAGUGGUGGGUCUACCAGAGAACGAAUGUGAGCAGGAAAGUUUUUGCAUCUGCUUUUACAAGGAAGCUUACGCAAUAAUGUCUUGCAGAAUUGGAAAUAGGUUCGAUCCAAAAGAUGGUUUCUGUAAAAAUGAAGGUGAAGUCCCCCUGCAUCCUAAUUGUCAAAGCAAAGGACCACCUACAUCCUGUGAAGGAAUCGAUUCUUUCUACUUGCCCCACAAUGAGACCUGUACCAAGUAUGUCUGGUGCGUCAACUCACGACCUUACACAAUGGACUGCCCACUUAAAUCAUUUUUUAUCUCUGGAGAGAGUUUCAACAAAUGUAUGUACACGUACGUGCCUUACAUACUUGAAAUACCCGACGAUCAAUAUCAAGAUUGUUUGAAAAAAGAGGCAUCAAGGCCCCCAACAACAACAACAACAACAACAACAACAACCAGAAAACCUUGAGCCCAACCAAUUCUUGUAGAGAUUGAAUGAAAGACUGAGCAGCACGAAGUCCAUGGUGUUGUUAAGACAAGAUCGUGAGCAAAACAAAAAUGGCGAUGUUAGGUGUGAAGGUGUUUUGGAAAACAUGAACUGGUGACUUGAAAUGAAAGAGAAUUACAGAAAGAAGAAUAAAGAAAAAGUGAGAACUUAA